AUGGCGACGGAGCAACAAGAAGAUUCAAGACUCUGUUUGGCAUCUAUUCUGGAAGAUUUUCUUAGACAACGAAACGUUCGAGUUAGCGUUGGUGUGGAUUCGAGUCCCAAAAAUGCCGAUGAAACUUCUGGUGGAAGAGAUUUGCCAGUAGAUCCUUUGGAUUUAAGAAGGUACGAAGCAGCAAGGUGGGUAAGAAACACACUUGGUGUAGUUGGAGGAAGAGAUUUGCCUGCAGAUCCUUCAGAGGAAGAUUUCAGAAUUGCAUUAAGGAGUGGGAUUUUGCUCUGCAAUGUACUCAACAGAGUUAAACCUGGUGCUGUACCAAAAGUCGUUGAGGCUCUAAAUGAUCCUCUGGUUAGUCAAGAUGGUGCAGCUCUAUCUGCGUUUCAGUAUUUUGAGAAUCUUCGAAACUUUCUGGUGGUUGUGGAGGAAAUGGGUAUUCCUAUGUUUCAAGUCUCCGAUUUUGAGAAGGGAGGUAAGUCUGCAAGAAUUGUGGAAUGUGUUUUGGCUCUCAAGUCAUACCGUGAGUGGAAACAGAGCGGCGGAAGCGGUACAUGGAGAUACAUUGUGAACUCAAAACCAACCACGUUUGGCAUCGCAAAACAAUACAAACGCAAAGACUCAGAGUCACUUGUGGAUGGUGUCACCACUAGCCCUUGUAACACUCCAUCCAACGAACAACCUUUGUUUGAUCAAUCUGAUUCUAACAGCAAACAUGAAGGAAGUGCCAAUUCAAUAGAUGCCAUUGUUCGUGCAGUUUUUUCUGAUACCAACCAAGAAGAAAUUCCUGGUAUUGUGGAAGAUAUGCUGAAAAGUGUCAUGGUAGAAUACGAACGUAGAUUAGCCACACAGAAAGAAUUGCUCCAGAUUAGCGCGGGGAACAAAGAUAAGCUUCACCCUGGCGAUCUUGGGAGAACUAUCUCAGGCAAUGAUGAGAUGCUAAGUGAUGCUUUGUACGGAGAAGAUGUGACAAAGAUUGUAAACAACGUGGAAGCUCCACAAGAUGGUGGUGUUGAGGAAUCAAAAAGCCAAAAUUAUGAGCUCUAUGAAAUUUCAAAAGAGAAUACCAAGAAACAACAAAUGAUCAUUGACAGACAGCAAGCUCAUACUGAGGAAUUGAAACAUGAUCUCAAGGCUGUAAAAGCAGGUCUUAGUCUCUUGCAGAUGAAAUAUCACCAAGAGUUUACAAGCUUAGGCGAGCAUUUGCAUGGACUUGCUUAUGCAGCUACAUCAUACCAAAGAGUUCUGGAAGAGAAUCGAAAACUUUACAACCAAGUCCAAGACCUCAAAGGGAGCAUAAGGGUUUAUUGCCGAGUGAGACCAUUCUUACCGGGGCAAAAAAGUGUCUUAACUACUGUGGAUCGCAUAGAGGAGUCAACUAUAUCAAUUGCAAACCCUUCAAAGUAUGUAAAAGAAGGUCGCAAAUCAUUCACUUUCAACAAAGUGUUUGGCCCUUUAGCAACUCAAGAGGAGGUGUUUGCAGACACUGAACCUCUGAUCCGGUCUGUUCUUGAUGGUUAUAAUGUAUGCAUAUUUGCAUAUGGCCAAACAGGAUCCGGAAAAACUUUCACCAUGAUGGGACCAAAUGAACUGAAGGAGGAAAGCUUAGGAGUAAACUACAGAGCAUUGAGUGAUCUCUUUCAUUUGUCAAGUGUGAGAAAAGAAACCUUUUCAUAUAACAUUUCAGUUCAAAUGCUUGAAAUCUACAACGAGCAAGUCCGAGAUCUCCUUGCAACUAACGGCCAAACCAGCAGAUUAGAGAUUCGAAAUAGUUCACAAGAUGGAAUCAACGUGCCUGAGGCGACAUUGGUUCCUGUCUCCACAACUUCAGACGUCAUUCAUUUGAUGAAUAUUGGUCAAAAGAAUCGUGCUGUCAGCGCCACAGCCAUGAAUGACCGUAGUAGUCGCUCUCACAGUUGUCUGACAGUACAUGUCCAAGGAAAAGAUCUGACAUCAGGUGCAACUCUAAGGGGUUCAAUGCAUUUGGUUGAUCUUGCUGGAAGCGAAAGGGUUGACAAGUCUGAGGUCACUGGUGAUAGGUUGAAAGAGGCACAACACAUCAACAAAUCUCUCUCUGCUCUUGGAGACGUGAUUGCAUCUCUCUCGCAGAAAAACAACCACAUCCCUUAUCGAAAUAGCAAACUCACCCAACUUCUCCAGGACGCUUUAGGAGGACAAGCGAAAACGCUUAUGUUUAUUCACAUUAGCCCUGAACUAGAAGCUCUGGGAGAAACACUCAGCACCUUGAAGUUUGCAGAGAGAGUGGCCACUGUUGAACUCGGUGCUGCUCGUGUCAACAAGGACACUUCUGAGGUUAAAGAACUCAAAGAACAGAUUGCUAGUUUGAAGCUUGCGUUAGCGAGAAAGGAGAGCGAGGCAGAUCAAACGCAGCUACCAAGUACCCUUACGCCGCCUGAUAGACUCCUCAGAAGAAAGUCACUGGGAGUUUCGUCUUCAUUCUCUAAAUCAGCAAACACAAGACAGUUCCAAACCAAACAUAAGUCGUCACAGAUUGAUGAUGUCAACAGCAUUGAGGGUCAAAGUGACUCUGCAUCCAGCCUUGACUUACAAGGACUAGUGGGUUCACCGUCAUGGAAAAGCCCUUCGAGAGAUGAGAAAGAGGAGGAGAUGGAGUUUAUAUCAGGCAGUGAAUGGAUUGAUAAACACGAAGACGAAAUCACACGUAAUGGCAAACCUGAAAACAGAUCACGUACACAGCCUGAGAAGCGAUCAUCUAGCUUGAAACGUGAACCAACGCGAGGUGUAGACAAUAAUAAUGUAGAUAAAGGAUUUGAGGUAAGGAAGUUUCCAUUGGAAGAAGAAGCAAACGAGUCAGAUGAAACCGCAACAAGUGAUUGCUCGGAGACAAGCUUGAUGUGGCAGUUGAAUGUUCAAGUGAAUAUGCCAAGAUCAGCCUCUAAUGGUUCUUUGGGCUCUUCUACUACUACUAAGCUAAAGAAGACUCAAUCAAAAAUCAGUAGAGUUGCCGCUGACACCAGGAGUAUGAUACCUUCGCUAAUUCCGGCGCCUACGAGGAGAUUAUCGCUUGGGGCUAUAAACUCUCCAGGACAAACUUCCUCAAGGCAUAACAACAGUACACUAGUUGUGAAGAAGAGACCAAAUCCCAAGUAACUACUAUAAAUGAAUACAUAUCUUGUGAGUAUUAUUACUUUACAAACCAAUCAAUUUUUUUUGUUAUUUUUUUUUUGUUUGACGGACCCAUUCAUAUGUGGUCGUAUAUUUAUACGUAUACAAAGAGUAGAAUACGUAUGAAGAGCCAUAGGUUGGAUACAUUAUGUUAUGUUUGAUUUGAGUGGCAAUUACCAGGAUGUAUGAUUGAAUAUUCAGUUUAGUUCUUUAAGCUUUCUUUUGUAUUUGUAAAUUCUUAAUGGAAAGC